AUGUCUCAGGGGCCGUCAUAUGUGGUUGGGAUCGAUUUCGGCACGACGUAUAGUGGGAUCGCUUGGGCACUCGAGGGGUCUAAGAAUGAUAUCCAGGUAGUAUCAGCCUGGCAGGACCAACGAAAUCGAACCUACGCCAAAGUCCCGUCGGUGAUAGACUAUGACGAUAAAGGUCGGGGCGUAAGAUGGGGCUACCAGGUCGAUUUAAGCACGAAAGGCUUCCGGGGAAUCAAGUUACUGCUGGACGACGAACAGAAAUUUGGCUAUGCCCACUCGUUGGCUUCGGGAGGGUUGCUGGAGAAACACAAUAAGAGUGCGGUACAAGUCACCGCGGACUACUUGGAACGCCUCGUCAGGCAUGCCAAGCAAAUCAUGCUCCAAGAUCGCUUGAUUCCAGAUCAGACUGAUAUGAAUUUGCGAUAUAUUCUCACCGUGCCAGCCGUCUGGUCUGACAAGGCCAAAGACCGGACGAUGAGCGCCGCCAUCCAAGCCGGUCUUCCGGCGGAGGACAUCUCUCUCAUUUCUGAGCCAGAGGCUGCGGCGUUGCAUGCGCUGCGCAAGGUCCUACCUGGCUCAUUCUCUGGAAAUGACGUGUUCAUCGUCUGUGAUGCCGGUGGAGGAACAGUGGAUCUCAUUGCGUAUCGGAUAAAAACCCUGGAGCCCUUGGAGCUCGUGGAAGUGACCGAGGGAACAGGACGCGUCUGUGGAUCCCUAUUCUUAGAUGAAAGAUUUGAAAACCUCGUCCGUGGUAGGAUGGGAGCCGAGAAGUACGACUUUUUACCGGACCCAUGCAAGGAUGCAGUGCGAUCUUACUGGCAAGAUCGCGUGAAGCCUUACUACGCUGGAAGAGAGGAAAAGAGCGAGACCUCCACUGGACCAAGUCAGUCAUGCAGUACUUUAGAAGACUCCGAUACAGUAGUAGGCGACGAUGAAUACACCGAGCCCGACAAGUUCAUCCCGAUUGCGAAUGUCCAGGAUGAUCCGACCAUCCCGAUUAUAGGAGGCUGCUUCCCACUGAGCGCUAAUGACCUCGAGCGCAUUUUUGAGCCCAUCGUCCGGGACGUCGAGGAGCUGGUUGCCGGCCAGGUGGCGACUAUAGCACAACGUGGAUUCUCGACCAAGGCCAUCAUUCUUGUCGGUGGAUUCGGAUCUUCCCCGUGUCUUUUUAACCGACUGAAAAAGGGCCAUCCAACCGCGAGGAUCCUGCAGCCCCAGGAUGCCUGGUCGGCUGUUGUGAGAGGUGCGGUGCAUCGUGGAUUACAGGGCAAUCAGGUCGAGUCUCGAAUUGCGCGUCGACACUACGGGGCUACAUGUGGAGUGCCUUGGCUUCCAAAAGUUCACAGCACCCAGAACAGAUACUGGGAUGAUGUGGAGGAAUUGAACUUGGCUACUGAGAUGCGAUGGUUCAUUAAAAAGGCCUCCCCAAUGUACGAGGACCAACCGAUCAGGAUACGCCUCUAUUUCACUGCCCGCGUGGAUAGAGCACAGACUGAGCUGAUUCAUCAUUCGUCUCUUUACCAUUGCAAUGCUGCGGAUGCCCCGAAGACCAGAGAUGACAGUUAUUGUGUCGCUUAG